CUUCCGCCGUCUCGAACCCACCACCCCCUAGCAGCAGCCCCCUGCAGCUUUCUUCCGUAGCUUCCAUCCCUGCACUAACCCAGAUAACGCAAUCCUGCGCACCACGCAAUUCACGAUAACGCUUUAUUGCGACCCAUUCAUGGCGCCAUUAUUCACCAUAGCACGCAACACUUUUACAUGUGCUCGCGGGAGUUGCGCGACCGCGAAUAUUAAAACCAAGGGCCCUGCCACUUGUUUCAGCAUCGUUCUCUUCCUCACAAACAUCCACCCAGGACAAGCAGACUUUUUUGGAUUUUCCAUUCUUUUCUUUUUGUUUCGAUCCAUUGCCAUUUUUCCCCCUUUCUUUCUCUCUCCACUUCUUUUCUUUCUAGCAUUCUCGCUGCGAUUAAAGUUAUCUAAGCGACACUUAAACGAACUUUAACUAACCUUAUUGCUUCGCUUAUUCCACAACACCAAAACUCAAUAUGACUACCAGUUCUGUCAGCAAGUUCCAAGACAUUUACGCUCGUGACGCCGAUGCCCGCGAGCAACUCACUGCCGAGGCUGCCGCUCUUCCCAAGCUCGUCUUGUCUGAGCGCCAAUUCUGCGAUAUCGAGCUCAUCCUCAACGGCGGCUUCUCCCCCCUCGACGGUUUCUUGACCCAGCCCGAGUAUGAGAGCGUCGUGAACAACCUCCGCCUCACGAACGGUGCUGUGUUCCCCAUCCCCGUCACCCUCGACGUCUCCAAGGCUUACGCCGAUUCCAUCAAGGUUGGCGAGCGCAUUGCCUUGCUCGACCCUCGCGAUAAGCUGACCGCUGUCGCCAUCAUCACCGUCCAAGACAAGUACGUCCCCGACAAGGCCGUCGAGGCCGAGAAGGUCUUUGGUGCCAACGACCGUGCCCACCCUGCCGUCGCAUACUUGUUCGAGCAGGCCGGCGAUGUUUACGUCGGUGGUCCUCUCCAGGCUUUGGCUCCCAUCCGUCACUUUGACUUCGUUGCCUACCGUUACACGCCCGCUCAACUUCGCUCCGAGUUCGAGCGUAACCACUGGAAGCGUGUCGUCGCAUUCCAAACUCGUAACCCCAUGCACCGUGCCCACCGUGAGUUGACCGUCCGUGCCGCCAAGCAACACAAGGCCAGUGUGCUUAUCCACCCCGUCGUCGGUAUGACCAAGCCCGGUGACAUCGACCACUUCACUCGUGUCCGUGUGUACGAGACCAUUAUCCAACGUUACCCCAAGGGCACCGCCAAGCUGUCUUUGUUGCCUUUGGCUAUGCGUAUGGCCGGUCCUCGUGAGGCUCUUUGGCACGCCAUCAUCCGUAGAAACUACGGUGCCACCCACUUCAUCGUCGGCCGUGACCAUGCCGGCCCCGGUAAGAACAGCAAGGGCGAGGACUUCUACGGUCCUUACGAUGCCCAGUACUUGGUGGAGAAGUAUGCCAGCGAGAUUGGUAUUACCAUCGUCCCCUUCCAAAUGGUGACCUACUUGCCCGACGAGGACACGUACAAGCCUUUGGACCAAGUCGAGGCUGGAACUCGUACUCUCAACAUCAGCGGUACCGAGCUUCGCCGUCGUCUUCGUACCGGCGCCGCCAUUCCCGAGUGGUUCUCUUACCCUGAGGUUGUGGCCAUUCUUCGUCAAUCCUACCCUCCUCGUCCCAAGCAAGGUUUCGUGCUUCUCGUCCCUUCCAACGCCGACAAGUUGUUGCCCAGUGCGUUCGUGUCUGCCCUUAACGAGGACGGUCGUCGCCAUGUGACUCAACUUGCCGACCUCUCCGGUCCCAACGCUGCAUUCGCUGCUGAGCUCCAAAAGGCCGGUGCUGCCGUCGUUGCUGUUGCUUCCGCCAGUGAAUUGAAGACCACACCCGCCGAGACCAUCGUCGCCGAGGUGCUUCCCGAGGACGACGUCGAGGACACUGUGAGACGCACUCUUGCCUACCUCAACGAUGAGGGCUAUCUUUAAAUUGCAUGCAACAAUUUGCUUGUCCCUAAAACACCUUUCCCUUUGUUGAUUAUCAUCCUUUUAGAAGUCCAUUUGCAGUCUCAUGAAAACCGGAUCCGAAUGAAAUAGAAAAGUUUGCAUACAUUGAUGAGGAGAGAGAGAGAGAGAGAGAGAGAGAAAGGAAGAGAGU